ACUGCACCUAGGAAAUCAUUAUGUCUAAGUUAGGGGUUGAAUGUUGGAUAACCCUUGCACCUAGUUAUAGUUAUGAUAAUUAAUUGACCUCUUGUAUCUACUUUUCAUAUCUAUAAAUAUGAGGAACAUGAGAAAGGUCUCUUAAGCCCUCAAAAUAUUUUUUCACUGUUUAAUCUCAAGUUGGUAGCAGAGCGGGUCGAUUCUGCUCUGGUUUCUGUCUCGUCAUGUCAACCACCAUUAGUCACCGCUGUCCGCCGCAGUCCACCACUAGUCACUGUUGUCUGCUGCUGUCUAGCUUGGUUUAUCACUAUCUGAAGCUACCCAUUGUUGUUUUUAAAUGUCCACCACUAUUUUCUACCAGUCCGUCAUUGUCCGCUGCUGUCCACCACCAUAGUUUCAUCCAACGACCACUGGAUCUGAAUCGCCUCUCUGAGCGACGACCAACCCGUCAAUGCCGAAGGCUAAUUCGUCGCCAUGCGCCGCUUCACAGUCCAUUGCAGCCAGGUGCAUAUCCCUCACGCACUGCCUUCCCGCCGCAGGAACUUCGUCAUGAUACCAUUGCAAGGAUCUUCAGAACUUCCUCUCUCUGUUCAGCCCUCGAGAAGCCUAUUUGGAUGAGAUUCUGAAGCCUCCCUUCUGGAAAUCACCCUAGGGUUUAUGGUUUCUCUUGCUUUUUUUCACAUUUGCUCACUAUACUUCGUCUCCUUGAUCCGAAAUGGCCGCUACAAGUGUUAUUUCAUCUUUUGGAAGCCCCUGUUUUACUUCCAGAAAACUAAAUGGCCAAAAUUAUCUGCCUUGGUCGGUUGUCGUCAAAAUAUGGUAGCCACGUAUCUACUGAAAAAGCUAAACAUUAGAAACAUGUUGAUUUCAACUAUGUGCUCUAUUGUGGCAGUCAGUGGAACCACAACUUUUGAUGUCCCUCCGAGCCUUCAAAACAUGUCACUCGUUUUGGAAGAGGGCUCAAAAUAUCUAUGCAAAUGAUAUCCAAUGCUUCUAUGAUUCGGCAAACAAGUUGGCAUCUCUAAGAAUGACCAACCAUAAUAUGAUCUCCUUCAUGAAUGAAACCCAAUCUGCUGUGGAAGAACUACAAAUGUUUUUAAAAGUUGACUCUUCAGAUGAAAUGAAGAAAAAGCUUGACAAGUAUUAUAUGGUGAUGAUACUCCGCACUAUACAUCCAGACUUUAAUCAUAUCAGAGAUCAACUUUAAACCUCUCAUUGGUCCCUUCCAUGGACACUUUGACCUCACGCAUGGUUCGUGUCCCAACACCUCAAACUUUGGAGACUCUUGCUCUAGUGGAACCAUCUGUCAUGGUCGCCACUCGAGGAAAAGGAGGAUGUGGAACUAGAGGAGGAGGACGUGGAGGUCAUGGUCUUCCUUAGUGCACAUAUUGUAAAAGGAUUGGUCAUACCCAAAAAAAUUGUUACUCCUUACAUGUUUUCCUUCCAAAACAGCCAAUGUCUCCCAGGUUGGUACUACUGAAUCCAAGUUCACUGAGGAUGAGUGUCAAGAGUACCAAUGACUCAAGUCCAACAACUUGGCACAGUCAUCUCAAGCUUCCAGUACAUCAACAACUCGCAUCUCUCAAUCCACGGAAGCAUGGGAAUAUACUAGACAUGCAGAAUUCAAAUGUCAUUAGACAAAUUGGCAAGCUAGAUUUGUCUGAGAUGCGUAGCAAAUUUGAUAUUGAGGUUCUCCCAAUGGAAAUUGCUCAGGAAAUUGCUUCAGCACAAUUUACACAGGAGAUCUUUAAUGGUAAACAAAACAUGUGCAAUCCAUCUGAUAAAUCUAUUGAUGAGCACCACAAGAAGAGGAAAAGAAUGCAUGAUACAGUUGAAUAUAUUGCAAAUUUGUUCUGAGAAUGUACAGGAAGAGAAAGAAACGACCCACAACAAGAGGAAGAAAUCUCGAAAGAAAAAAGUGGACAUGAUUUAUUUACAUUACAUAACGUUUUUUUUAGUAGUUCAUAUGUUAUAAUCAGGACUUUAGAGUAGAAGAGUUUGUUUAUGUUUUUAGAUCUUUCUUAAAUAAUGUUUUUUUUUUUUUGUGAUUGUUAUUUUAAAAUUCUCUCACAAAAAAACUUAAUAUUUUAAUUUUAUAAUUGUCUAAUUUUAUAAUAAAACUUAAUAUAGAAACUUGUAAAUGAUACUUUAUGCACAAAUAUGCACAAAUUCAUACAUAAAAAGUAUUAGCCAAGUCAGCAGCAGGUGGUUUGCUUAAUUUUAUAAACAUGUCUGUUGCCUUUAUAAUCUGUUUUAUGGUUUAAAAAUUGCAGAGGCGUUUCAAUGUGCCUUACUGUGAUUAAUUUGAGAUUCUUUUGGGACUCCUCCGUGUUUUGUCUGAAUCUCAUGCCAGAUUUUUGUUAAAUGUUGCAAUUUUCUUGUGCUUCUUAAUCUCACCCUAUUAAAUUAUUGAAUCCAUGAUUGCACAGUUUAAUGACUAAUGUAGAUAUAGAACUAUUUGAGUUCUCAUAAUGUUUCUAAAAUUGCGAUACUUGUUCAUUUCAUGACAUGUUAAUUGCAGCCAAAUGGUCAGUAGAAUGUUAAUAUUCAUUUUGUUCUAGAAUUUUAUUAUUUUCUGAUGUUUUAUAUAGUAGUUAUUUCAAACUUUAACUCUAUAUUUGUUUAAUGUAGUUGAAACUUUCUGUGCUUGUAAUUUUAAUUUUUGUUUUUAUUUC